AUGCAAGUCGAUGCGGUGGGGUCGCCUACUGAAGUCAUCUCGGGUGCUGAGAGUGAGGCUGACCGUUCGCCUGCGGAUGAGCCGGGGACGAAGAGCGAGAAACGCAAACGUCGUGGAGUUCCUCGUGAUGGUCAUGCUCUUCCUGUUCCUUCUGAAGGUGAUGAUGAUGAACUCGACAGUCCCAGCAAGCGACCUCAGCGAAGUCUUGAGGCUCCCCUUACGGCUGCUGAGAUGAGAGAGAUGCUCAGUGGACACCUCAGUGAGAUGAAGAUGGCGUGGGGUGCAUUUCAGAGUAGGAUUGAUAAGGUGGAGGCGGAGCAGGCAAAGAACAACUUCGAAGUCACGAACCUCCAGAGCCGCACUCGGGUCGUCGAAAAGGACCUAGUCAGUCAGAGAAAGUCUACGGAACAGAAUGCUGCUGCCAUCGACAACUUGGCACAAGAAGUGCAGGGCAUGAAGGUCAGGCUUGACGAGUUUCAGUCAAAGGAAGCUUCUCGACCGCAUGGAGCUCCUCAUGCCCCUCCUGCCCAGCAGAGUGACCCGUGGGGAGACUUUCUUCGUCUUCGCGACCAAGCCCAAGCUGGACCUUCUGAAGGCCAAGGGAUGAACCAUGGGAGUGGGGAGCCUGAUCGGGGUGACUCUUUGACGGACGAUGAAAAACGCACUCUUGUGGUUGGGGGGUGGCUUCAAGAUACCCGUCGUGCUGUGAUCGAAGAGGAAAGCCUGAUUCUCUUUCAGCAUGAAGAGAUCAAGUUGCUGCUUGACUCUGAGAAAAUUGCAGUCUACGGACCCCGGAGGUCAGUUGGGAUGUUGAAAUUCUCUCAGAGACCUGGAGAAGGGUUCAACGAUGUCAAAGAGAGGAUGUGGAAAGUCGUCAAGGCUGUCGCUGCGCUCAAACAUGUGCUACGUAGUUCGCGCCUUGCUGGAGAGGGCAAAACCAUGUGGACCAGCUUCGUGAAGACUCGCAAUGCUCGGGCAAGAAGCACGCACGUAAGCUUGAUCCGCCGUGUUGCUGUGGCACUUGCAAAAGAUAGCAGCAAUCACCCUGGUGGCAUUGGCGGAGCGAGCAAUGGUGCGGACCUUCUUUCCUACGACUGCGACUGGAACUUGGGGACGAUUUGGCUUGGCUCAGAGAAGCUCGGCAGUGCUACUCACAGACAGCCCCGUGAGGGUGAGAUUAUCACCAUUGGUGCUGGCUGGAUUUCCCUCACGGCAAUCGCAAGGGCAGUGGGGUGCAGCACGGAUGAGGCCAAAUCGGCCUUCGAGAGAGAGAUACAGCGGUGGGGGAGAAUUGGCCAGUGGAACUUGGGAGGGCAAAAGGCAGAGGACGUCGACUCGGUGUCUAAAGAUCUUGAAAUUGUAUUUGUGCAAGAACUUGCUCGUGAACAUCAUGGGUGGAAUUCGUUUGAGACCGAACACUUUCAGUGGUAUUCCCAUCGUGCCAAUGAGCAGUGGAGAGGAGUUGCAAUUGCCAUUUCACUCGAGCAUUUUGACUCGGUGCUGCACAAGGUUGCCACCUCCCGUGGCAUUUGGUUGGUUGUUCGUCUUCGUGGGCUGGGAAGGGUGAUUCUUGGGUCACUUCACUGUUUUACAGGGGUGACCAAUGCCAUCUAUCAGGCGGCAGUUGUUGAAUUCCUGAAAGCAUGCCCCAGAAAGUAUCGACACCUGCCUCUCGUAUGUGGAGUCGACGCCAAUGAGGUCCCAACCUGGAACAUCGAUGAAGAGAAUCAUGUCUUUGCUGACUCUGGCUCUUCCAAUCUGAACCUUCUCGUCAAUGAGAUGAUGAACAUAGGUGCCUCCCCAUGCGGUCCGCGGACUGAGGAUCAGCGUAAGCCCACGCACUUCCCGCGUGAUGCUACUAGGGCAGGAAGACACAUUGAUAUGAUCUUCAGCCGUCUGGCCAGACUCACGCCUGCCUGUGUCGAUGCUGAGAGAAGACUUAUGAUUGGAUCCGAUCAUGGGCUUGUAUGCAGUGAGCUCUUCUGCGAUCGUGGUCCCUCUCGGCAAAUAUGGGGUAAUGAUUCCAGACCAAGAUGGGUGACACACGAGCUCCCGGGUGACUUUUUGAUCAUUGAUGACGGUGACCUCCAACAACUCGCCAAGAGCCAUACUCAGCCGAGAAGAUCCAGGGCCUACCGAGACGACGAGGAGAUCAAGCAGGCCAUAAGUGCGGCGAGAGAUGAUAUGCUACCGGCGAGCUGGAAACGUGUACAUCGCCUUCGUCGAGCUGCCAGGAAAAAGUGGCAAACUGAGAGACGCACUGCCAUCAUCAACGGUGACUGGGGUGAGUACAGGUCACUUCAGAGGGAGAAGCAACGGUGCCGAGGUUGGUGGGGUGAUUUGCUCGCUGACCGCUCCGCUGCAACCCUCACCAACGAAGUUGUUGAGCACCUCAGGGAGAAGAUGACUGAUGACAAUGGGGUGAAGUGGGACGACGAGCUUGCUGAGACCAUCAAGACGGUGAACCUCGAGGGUGACUUUUGCCCCUUCACCAUCGAGAAUGUCCGCGGCGAGCUUCAGCAGAUGAAGUGUCGGGAGAUUGCAAGUCAUGACUUUCUCCACCACGGCCUCCUGGAUCUCAUCAACCACAUUGUCCGUACUCAGGCACCCUCCGAUUUGAGGCCGAUUUGCGUCUCGUCUGCGUUUCAUAAGUUGAUUAGCAGACUCGUCUGCUCGCGCUGCCUGAAUGGUGUCAGCCUCUUCUUCUUUGUAAACUUGAUGUGGCGGGAGCUUUCGAUAAGCCGAACCAUCAACCUUUGCCCCAACAUCGGGAUUAAGCAAGGAGCUCCGGAAAGCGCAGAGCUAUUCGGCCUUGUGAUCGACUCCCUUCUCUCGGAUCUCGUGCAGCAGGACCAGUGGAAGAAGUUUGGCUGGCCUCUGACGGAACUUGAGGUUGAACUUCUAUUUUAUCAGGAUGAUAUCUUCCUGAUUGAAACCGACCUAGCUCGCCUUGCCCGCCGCAUCCGUGCCAUUGAUCGAUGCUUGAAGCUCGCUGGGCUUCAACUUGCCACAUCCAAGACUAAGAUCGUGGCGAAUGUGCACUACAAGGGAUGCAGGAGGGUGAAAAUUGGAGAUGACGAGUUCAAAAUUGCAGACCUUGGCGAGUCCCUCAAAGUCCUUGGGGUGCCCUUCUCUCUUGAGCAUGAUGCAUCUCAGCAGGCGAGGGAACUCAUUGGGCGUACACGUGAGGCCCUCUAUGCGCAUCUUGACAUCAUCGUCGCUCCGGGUCCUUGGACUCAUAAGGUUAAGCUCCUCCGCAGCCUGGUCGAGUCGCAGUUUGCGUGGAUUGGUGGGGCCCUCCAUUGGAGCAGUGCCGACCUCCACUCCCUGUGCCGAGGUGGUCCACACGUGUACUCACCUUACAGCACACUCUUCAUGGCCACUGGGCGCGUAGGACUUGGAAAAGCCACCUAUCCGUUUUACCUCUUCGCGGCAAUGUCCUGGGGUGAACGCCUCCUGGUUGGAUUUUGUCUCGUGGUUCUUCUCUCUCGGGGAGGACCUGGUGACCUUCAUCACACUGGCUGCUGGGACAAUGAAUGGGGAGCUGGUGAAGAGCCUGAAAGAACCCCCUCGGCAUCAACGACCAUGGUGGGGCCUGGUGGACCAAGCUCGUCAUCACCUACAUGCCCGGCAACCUGGACCUAUGAGGACUACACCGUGCACGUGGCCAACAUCUGGGAUGAAGAACUUUGCAUCGGUCUUCAACAGGAUGAGAUUGACGAGUUCGCGGGCAACCUUACCCCUGGACCUGAACAAGUUCCACUACCUGCUUUCAUGGUGGACUACCCUGGGGUGGGACAGGAUCCAAAUCUGGUGGAUGAAGAUCUUGCCUACACGGGGGGAGCAACUACGGUUGUAGCCUGUGGACAGGACCCUGAUGAGGUGGUACCACCAGUGAACACCUUUGAACUUGGUCAUGGUGCUACCUCGUCGACGUCCUACUAUGAGUGGCCAAGUACGGGUUCUGCACUGUCCUCUUCCUCUACCUGCACCCCUCCGAACCAGAGAUUGACUGGUGGGAAGCCAUUAGAGACAGAAGAGGAAUUCGCGGGAACAAGCCUGGUCGUGAACCCAGUGGGACAAGCCAUGAACCCGGACCAUCUUGUGGCCGCGUGGGUGAAGUCGGGAGUUGAUAACACCAACACCUCAGAGGAUGAUAAUGAGCCGGGGGUGAUCCAACGCUUUGGUAAGUGGAGGGUAGACCUCCCCACCAUCGCCGAGGACGAGCACGCCUUUGCUGUUACAGGAGAUGGACGUGUUGAUGGACAACCGGUGGUGCAUGUGACGACCGUAGCAGGUGAGGCGUUCCAGGUCAAGCAGCAAAUCCUGGAUCGACGGCCACAGUCGGAUUUUGGCGGGGAGGAGUUUGGGUGCCCCGAAACGCAAUCGCAGGUUCAAAACUUCAACGAGGCAUUUCGUCUCAGGUUCAAGAAACGCAUUGGAUUAUAG